AUGGGCUCUUACCUGGGAGUGGUGCUCUUCGGGAUCCUGAACUUCCUUCCCUGGGGCCUCAUGGUCAUUCCAUGCAAGUGGUUCGUGGAACGUUACUUCGGUCAGGACCCGAUCGUCGCGCAGAAGGCGGCUUUAGAUCGGGUCUCCCGGGACCUGCGGCAGUCGGAGCGCGGCCGCACGGAGCUUGCCAGUGCGCCGGGGAGGGCCUCGGAUUUCUUUGCCAGCAUGGAGAUCUCCUCUCUCUGGUGGAGAGUCCGCGCUGCACGGGGCGCGCAGAAGCUCUUCCAGGGGCUGAAGCUGUCUCGCGAGAGGCAAGGCAGUACCUGGGACUCCGCCCAGGACCAGCUCGAUGAUCUGCUCCUCCAGCUCGCCGCCCGUCGCGGCGAG